GAUAGGAGAAGCCGGUGAUCCAAGAUGAACACGUUUUUAUCCCGGGCGAACACUAUUUUCGCCUUCACAUUGAGUGUAAUGGCCGCUCUAACGUUUGGCUGUUUUCUGACAACAGCUUUCAAUGAUCAUUUGGCACCAGUGACGAUGAACACAGCUAAACUCAUAGUGAAGAAUGUACCAGACUAUAGUGCCUCUAGGGAGAAGAAUGACUUGGGUUUCAUAACCUUUGACCUGCAAGCAGAUCUGAACUCAAUAUUUAACUGGAAUGUAAAGCUGCUAUUUGUAUAUUUAACAGCUGAGUACCAGACUAAAAGCAAUGAGGUAAACCAGGUUGUAUUAUGGGAUAAAAUAAUCAAAAGAGGAGAAAAUGCUGUGUUAGACUACAGGAGUAUGAACACAAAGUAUUAUUUCUGGGAUGAUGGUAAUGGGUUAAAAGGCAAUAAAAAUGUCACACUGUCCUUGUCAUGGAAUGUGAUCCCCAAUGCUGGAACCUUGCCCAAGAUUAAAGGAGAUGGAAGACAUGUUUUUGCAUUCCCAGAAGAGUAUCAGUCAAGCAAGUUUUAGGCAAUAAAUGCAAGGAAUCCCUGUUUAAAGCAACUGAUACAGAGGAUUUAUCAACAGCAUGAUAUAAAGUUGUGUGGUUGUCCAGCAUUGAGAACUGGUGGACAGGAGGCACAAUAGCUACCACGUGAUAAGUAGCAGGGAGACUGUUGUGCUCAAAUGCCAUAGAUUUUAUUGUUAUUCAAAACGUUAUUUCAACUUAGUUAACUGACAUUCCUCCACAUUUUCUGUUUUACUCCUGUUAGUGAAAGCAGGAUUUUCCCAAAUUGAUAAAAUAAACAGAACUAGCCUGCUUAUACUAAGAGUGAAAGAUGCAAAAAUGUAAUAUAUAAGACUUUCCUUUUGUAUGCGAUUAUUUAUGGUCCAGGAUAAGUCAAACAUGAUGCACGUGUCAUGUUGUUUAAGUUGCUGUAUGUAAAAAAAGUAGUUUGCAUCCAUAUACUGAUUUUUUAUUGAAAAUAUCUAAUUCAAUAUAAUUUUGAACAUUUAUUAAUAUCUCGAUGGCAGUUUAAACUUGUGAACAUGUAACUGAAUCAGGAUGAAGGGAAUCAAGUUUUACAAUAUUAUAACCAUACCAUUACCAAGAUUUUCUUUCAUGUCAGUAUGCAGUUGUAGCAUCUCUAUUUAUAUUUUGAAAAAUUAUGCAUGUAUGUGACACUGUUUGUAUGAAUUUUUUACAUAAAUGUGUCAAAAAUCCAUUUAGUUUGUUGAUAUUUUGAUAUUUGUCAAAUGGGCUGUAACUCUUACAUUUAGAAUAUGUAACUAUUCAGCAGAUAUUGCAAGACAACUGACAGUUUAGUAGGCAGAAUUUAAUUUAAAAUAGUCCCAUCUCUUACUGGCAUGUGAAUUUGCUAGUGAUAUACAUGUUUAGCUGCAUCAGGACCACAAACUGUCAAAAAGUGGUUCAACCUUUUUUCAGUGGAAGUUGUAAGGUAAUUCUGGCUUAUUCAUGGUCAAGUUUUUUUUUCCAGUCACAAAUUCAGAAAUAAAAUUUGCCCAUUUUGGAAGCAGAAGAUAAUCAUGUAGUGAAUGCCCUCCCCCUCAUUUGGCUGAAGAGAAUAAUUUCAAAGAGAAUAUGUUGCAGGUCUCAGUUCAAGAGAAAAUGCAGCAACUCCUGGCUUGAGAGAACAAUUACUCGGCAUUUUCUCAUUAUCAUCUCACUGUUAUAUUGUUGGACAUUUCCUUACACAGGGAGAAAAAGGUUUUUAAAGCAUUUUUUGGCUGCUUGAUCCGAUUUAUUCAUUGGCACGAUGUUGACCUUAAGAGAGUUAUGAAGGAUGCUAGUAGUAGUGAUUUAUGUGGGCUAAACAGGGAAUCUAUGCCAUCUUCUUAGGUUUAGUGAUAAUUACACACCGAGCAAAAAACACCCUAUGUGAAUUGUGUAAUGGGCAAAUUUUUUAUAAUUGUACAGGAAUCCAGCAAAUCCUCAUUUCUCCCCUUCAUUUAGAGUAUUUUACUUUAAAACUUCACACAGGUAAACCAUAAAAAACUUUGACAUUGGGAAAAAUCUCUCUACAAAAAACACCACAACAAAAUCAUUUUCCUAUAUUCAAAGUUCUUUAUUAUUUUUCUACAAUGCCAACAUGUCCAUGUUUAUUUAUGCAAUAAACUCGUAUGGGAUGGGCUGAA